AUGGAGAAUAUCAUGGACGUACUCCGAGAUGAAAAUGAUUCUGGAAAUGCAGCCGGCCCAGAUGGUUCUCUGGCCCAAGCCAGUUUUCCUAGUCGCAAUGUUUUGCAAAGCGACGCCUUGCAAGAUAGCUCUACUGUCAGCGCACAGGGCCUCAAAGAUGAGGAUCAAGAGGCCCAUCAACCAGAGCACCAACCAGAGCACCAACCAGAGCACCAACCAGAGCACCAACCAGAGCACCAAGAGCAAGAGCUGGAGCUGGAGCAAGAGCAGCCCCUUGAGCCUUGGAUACUUGAGCUACGGACUGCAAUUGAUUCCAACAGCCCCGAUGCCAGGCGAAUCCUUCGCGAUAAUGAUGCAGCUCGCGACGCUCGAUUUCCUUACCAAUUUCAAUUAGAUGACGUUCAAAAAGAUGUGACUCCCUUAAUUCUCGCGGCAAAACUAGGCAAUGAGGAACUUGUUGGUACGCUCCUGGAACGAGGAGCAAAUGUCUUUGCAAUAACAGAUGCCAGCUCCGCUGCUCUCCAUUUUGCUGCCCAGGAAGGUCACCGGAGAAUAGUUGAAAUGCUCUUGGAUAAAGGUGGGACAGAACUUUUGGAAAUGAAAACCUGGCAAGAUAUGACGCCUCUUCUUUUUGCACUCUCCGAGGAUCAUGCUUCUGUGGUUACAUUAUUGCUUGAUAAAGGGGCUGAUAUAAAUGCCGUGCGGAACGACGGCUAUACAGCACUCCAUUUUGCUGCCGAAGUUGGAAAUCUUGAUCUCGUCGGGGUCAUUCUUGAUGCAAACACUAAACUACUAGAGAAACGAACCUCCAUCAAAGAUACAGCUUUGAUCCUCGCAGCCCAAGCUGGUCAUGGGGCUGUUGUGAAUUUUCUACUCUCUCAGGGCGCAAAUAUAAAUGCCAAAGACAAUGACGGCAGCACAUCAUUUCACCUUGCAGCCCAGAAUGGACGCCUUGGCGUUGUCGAGCAACUUUUACAACAAAGUCCCGAGCUCAAGGAGAUGGGCAAUAACCUCCGACAAACAGCCCUCAUGCGUGCCGCUCGAGAGGGACAUCUUGCUGUUGUCGAAUAUCUACUCUCUCAAGGAGCAAAUGUCAAUGCCGUGGAGGAGACGGGUUAUACACCAAUGCAUUUCGCGGCCCAAGAUGGACACCUUGCUGUCAUCGAAUGUUUACUUUCUCAUGGUGCAAAUAUCAUUACCCAGGAUGCUGAUGGUUAUACGGCUUUGCACCUCGCAACAUUUUUCGGUCAUCUUGAUCUUGUGAAUCGACUAGCCAAAGCAACUCCUGAACUCCUAGAGAUGCGAACUACCUAUGAUGACACAGCCUUCACAAUUGCCGCCCAGUAUAAUCAUCUAGCGAUUGUUGUUUCUUUGCUCAAUCACGGGGCAAAUGUCAAUGUCAAGGACAAGUUUGACGACACAGCACUACAUCUUGCGGCCCAAGCUAGAAAUUUUGAUAUUGUUCGGUAUCUUUUCGAAAAUACUGAUCUGGGGGAUCCAAAAGAUGGGCAUGGCCGAGCAGUUAUCUCUGCUGCUUUAUCCUCUAGUUCUUUGCCGAUCUCUCAUUAUUUGCUCAACAAGGGAGCAAAUCUAAGAGCUGAGGCCAGCGAUGGCAGUACGCCUUUUCACGUUGCGGCUGAAUGUGGCCAUCUCUCGGUCAUUAGGCGAAUUCUACCGAGAGUUCCUGACCUCCUAGAUUCAAAGGCUAGGGCUGGCUUGACUGCCAUCUCUCUCGCUUUGUCAUACGGGAAUCUGAGGGUUUUUGACUAUCUAUUUAAGAAGAAAGCAUCUGUAGUAGAGAAAGAUGAAGAUGGCAAUACACCUUUCCAUUGGGCCGCCGAAAGAGGCCAUCUCAAGGCUGUUAGGCGGAUUUUGACAAGAGAACCUAGUCUCCUGAAUGCAAAGGGCACGACCGGUCUAACAGCUACCUCCUACGCUUUGAUGGGUGAUCAUCGGCCUGUUUUCGACUAUUUGUUCGAUCAAGGGGCAGAUAUAACAAUACAGGAUAGCGCAGGCAAUACCGCUUUACACUUUGCUGCACAAUAUGGCUAUCUCCAGGCCGUCAAGCAAAUUCUGGAAAAGGAACCCGGUCUCCUAAACUCAAGAAACAACGCUGGUCGAGCCGCCAUCUCUGAUGCUCUAAUUCGUGAUCAUAGAGAUGUCUUUGACUAUUUGUUCGACAAAGGAGCGAUCGUCACAGGCAAGGAUGAAGGGGACAAUACACCCUUCUAUUACGCGGCCCAGAGCGGUUAUCUACAGGCCGUCCAGCGAAUCUUGGAGAAAGAAGCUGGCCUCUUGAAUUCUAGGAAUCUGGACGGUCGGUCAGCGAUCGCUGCUGCUUUGAACCGUGAUCAACUGGAAGUGUUUGACUUUUUAUUUGAUCGGGGUGCUGAUAUAACAGCGAAAGAUGAAUCUGGCAGCACACCCUUCCACUGUGGUGCCAAGAGGGGCCAUCGUGGUGCCAUUGCAAAGCUUUUGGAGAAAGAUCCUAGCCUCCUAGAUUCUAAGGAUAUGAAUGGCCAAACGGGCUUGAUCUUCGCCACAAAAAGGAAUAAUGUGGACGUUGUCGAAUAUUUAGUCGACAAAGGUGCGAAUGUUCUUUGCCAAUCCGACGAUGGACAGAAUGCAUUGCAUGUGGCUUGCUUCAGAGGAUAUGACAGCAUCACCCAGCUCCUUCUCAACAGACCAGCAAUUGACUCCAAAGAUGUCUCUCGAAACAAUCAAAGGAUGAUGAUCACUGCAACAGAUCAAUGGGGAGACUCUGCAUUGACCAAUGCCGUGGCAAGUGGCCAUGAGCGAGUUGUGUUUCAAUUACUGGAAACGGAGGCCUUCUACCCCCAGUAUCCUGCCAAAGCCAACCCCUAUCGCCUGAGUGAUGACAAAAUUGACACAGUGAGGAAGUUUCUCUCAGAUCUGAUCGAUGAUGCAGACGCUGAACAGAACUAUACCCAGAUCGGCCAGCAUCGGGAGGCAAUCCUCUACUGGGCUUUAUUGAAUGGACAAGAAGAGCUGAUCACCAAAUGCAUAAGCAUACCGAGCCCUCAAUCUCUCCCCGCUUGGCAAAGAGGCGUUUCCUGGGUGCAUGUGGCUGCUCUCGGUGGACAUACCGCGGUGGUAAAACACCUUCUAUUGAAGAGACUGUGCACACUGGCCCCAACCCGAGAAAAUAUCUCACCAUUGCACCUGGCAAUCAAACAUAAACACAUUGACUUGGUGAGAAAUAUUAUAUCUUGGCUCGGCGGGCCCCCUGCGGUUGAAGGUGGUUUAGCAACGGAGCUUCAGGAGAUACGCGAUAUGAUUCGCACAGAAGAAGCAGACAGACUGUUAGGUGCUAUCAUUCGAAAGCAAGAGGAUGGCCACUCUUCAAUCUCACUCGCAGCAUCAGGAACCACCGAGACCCAUCGGAAGCUUGAGCGCUUAUUGUGGGAGACAUUGAACAAUAGCAUUGUCGAUAAGGCUAAAUUCUUCGCUUCCCCAUUGAAUGAAGAUGCAAAGCUCGUGCUGGAACUGGCUGCAGAAUUUGAACCUCCAGGCGAGGAAGUUUGGCUCGAAAGUUUUCUUCAAGUGAUGCCGCAUUCAUCUGUCGCUGGAAUAAGUGAGUACAAUGCAUUCCACCUGGCUGUAUAUCAUAAGUUGCCGUUUGUUGUCUGGUGGCUUCUAUCCAAAGGAGGCUAUCUCAAGGGAAACCACAUCGAAAAGGGAUUGGAAGCUAUCUCCAAGUGGGAGCCCCAAGAUUCAGAUCCAGUCGGCGACAUCAUCAAGGAUCUCCUGGAUGACCCCCUCCUGUCCUCAAGCAGCAAGCUUCGAGUCAUGAGAAAAGGGGAUCAUGACGCGUUAGAGGGAACAGUACUGGACUUUUAUCGCGAGGAGCAUCGUGCUUCCAUCCAGCUCAAGCGUCGUACAAUGAUCUCUCUCAUCUAUGGAGAAGGGCCUCAUCAAAUUUCAAAGCCCGGCCAGUAUCGCGAUCUCGCACGUCUCAAGGCAAAGCUCUCUAGCCCAGAGCGAGAUUUUCGGACAAAGAAAGACUUGGAUCCAAAAUCUAGAAAGCGAGAUGAUAAACUGCCCAAGUCACAUCCAAAGCAUGAUACAAAGACUCCUGAAGCCCCCAGUGACCGAGUCAAAGAUCCCGCUGCAUUAGAUGAUAAGAACAAAUCUGGCUCAGAGAAGCAGAAGACUCUGGAUCUGAGAUGGAUUCAUGUCCCCGCAAACAAUGAACUCAUGGUUCGACUGUCCAGAGACCAACAGAUCACAGACAGUGAUUACCGUCCCUGGGCUCAGUUCGUACGCAGAAGCUGGGUUGAGCUAUCUGCCGGUGGCGACCGAUUCUACAUGAAGCCCCAGUGUGUUUACCAUCAACACACCACUCACAAUGAACAUGCAAGUUGCCAUACCCUUGACAUGGGGACAAAAGCCGAUCCGACAACCAGGGCCGACGACCAGUCUAAGCAGAUGAAGGUUUUCGGUAGAAGUGCUUUGAAUAUGCCUUAUGUGUUUUGGAAGACAUGCCCAGCCGAGCCUUCACCCGAUGACAAUACAAGCUCAGCUGAACUGCCUAGGAGCGAGAGCGCUCAGACGAUUCAACUGCCGAACCAGCCUGUUCAAAUUUCCCAGGAACGAAUUGUUCACGACUCUAUGACUCUCGAUCAGUAUUACUAUGUUUCUCUCCCAGAUACUAGCUCAAGAGACCAGGAUCAAGUACUGUGGCGUAGCACCAAUCCAAAGCUCAAACCAGCAAACAGUGGCAAUGGGGCAAAGGAUCACUCAACGAAUAAGUCCGAAACAGAUAGUGAUGCCCGCAAAAUCCUCAUUGUAAAUCAGCUAUGGCUUUGGAUAAUUGACGAGAGUAAGUCAAAUUAUCGCCUCCUCACUCUCAACCAGCUGACUGAUAUCCCGAAUUUGUUAGAGACCAUCAUCACGAGCACCACUCAUCAAGCCGACGAGACUGAAACCAGCUUCCUUCAACGAGUCUUGAGCGGUCUUAGAACUCAAGCAAAGGACACUCCCAUGUCAGUUGAAUACAUCAGAGAAUUGAUUCUCAGUACAGCUUCUGGUUUGUUCAACAAGGAAGAUCUUGAGGUUUUCGGGAACAAGAAAUCCCCUCUGGAUGUCUAUCGAGCAGCUAUUUUGACUGUGCGUGACAAGGAGGCGCAUCUGUUCGAUGUAUUUCAAAAGUCGCUUCGCAAUACAGGCACAGACAAUGAUGCUCAAGCGGAUAGUAAAAGGAGCUCAAGCGAGCUGCCAUCAAAGGACGAGCGGGCUGCAAAGCCUACAGGUUCCAAAAAGAAAGCGCGAUCCAUUCGUCGGUUUUUCAAUCCCGACUUUGGACUACCAGAAAGCACAAACGCAUACAACCCCUAUGGCGACAUUGCUGGCGAGACAGAACUACUUCGAGAGGUCAAAGACAUUUGCGACGAGCUUCAAAUGCUGAAAACUCUGGCUGAAGACCAAGAGACUGUUUGGAGGCAAAUCUGGAAAGAUGGAUAUAAUCCAGCCGCUACCUUCACGUACGAAACUCCGUCUGAGAUCAAGAAAAACAUCAAGGAAAUGAUCAAAGAUGCUGGUUUUGUUCAGGGGGCAAUUGAUAUGCUGCUUAAUCUCAAACAGAAGCAGGCCAAUAUUGUCGAAGCCGAGUUUUCGCGCAAACAGAGCGAAGAAACUGCGAAACAGAGUGACACAAUCAUGGUCUUCACAGUGGUGACCAUCCUCUUUGUGACGAGGUCAGCUUUCAAGGACGUGUGA